CCAGCCAAACUUUCCAUCCAAGGUGCCCUCUCGUCCACCUUAAUUUCCAGAGCAAUUACGUAGAAUGAGUUAUCAUCUUAACUUGAUGCUCUUGAUACAUAGAAUUUUCUAUCAUCUUGACUUGAUGCCCUUGCCCUUCAUUGUUUUCCUCUCAACAUGCCUCAUGUUAUUCCUACUGAAUAUUAAACAAAAACCAUCACAGAGGCUCCCUCCUGGCCCGUCCAAGCUGCCUCUCAUCGGCAACUUGCACCAGCUCGGAGACAAACCCCAUCUUUCCCUCAAGCGCCUAGCCGACAAACAUGGCCCCCUCAUGUUCUUGCAGCUCGGUUCCGUCCCCACCGUCGUCGUCUCGUCGGCCCGCAUUGCCAGAGAGAUGUUCAAGACUGGCGAUCACCUUAUCUCCGCCCGCCCGGUCCAGUAUGUUCCCAAGAAGAUCACGUAUGACUGCUCCGACAUCGUCUUCGGUUUCUCCGGCGAGCACCGCCGGGAGCUGAAGAGGAUCGCCAUGUUGGAGGUACUGAACGCGAAGAGAGUCCAGAAGUUUGGGGCCAUACGUGGUGAGGAGGUGAAGUCCAUGAUUGAUGCCGUGGCUGGUUGUUGGAGCCAGGUGAUCAAUUUAAGCGAUUUGGCACUUUCACUGGCCAAUAAUGUAAUAUGUAGAGUAGCUUAUGGGGAGGAGAUCCGUGAGAAAGAAGGUGACAAGAACAGGUUUCUCCAAGUUCUUCAAGAAAUGCAGCAUUUGCUGGGUGUUUUUGGGGUUGCCGAUUUCUUUCCGUGGAUGGGGUGGCUCAACAAGUUCAAUGGCCUUGACGCGAAGCUAGACAAGAACUUCAAUGAAUUGGACAAGUACUUUGAUAAAGUGCUGGAACAGCACCGUGAUCUUCCCAAGCGUGAGCAUGAGGAUAAGGAUCUCGUCCAUGCUUUGCUUCAUAGGCAAAGGGAUCCAAGUCAAGCAAUUAUCCUCCGUAAUGAACAUAUUAAGGGGCUCUUGUCAGACAUGUUCAUUGCAGGCUCUGAUACUGCAGCAGCAACAAUCGUAUGGAUAAUGGCCGAGCUGGUCAGGAACCCAACAGCGAUGAAAAAAGCCCAAGACGAGGUUCGAGCUGUUGCAAAUGGCAAACCGGAGGUGUUAGAAAGCGAUCUUCCAAGACUUGUUUACAUGAAGAUGGUGAUAAAGGAGGGACUGAGACUGCACCCAGCGGCGCCAUUGUUGAUCCCUCGAGAAACUACGGACACCUUCACGGUUGGAGAGUACGAGAUCCCCGCGAAAACAAGGCUGUUCGUGAAUGCAAAGGCCAUAGCUACGGAUCCAAAUAGCUGGGAAGAUCCGAAUGAGUUCAGGCCCGAAAGGUUCAUGGGUAGCUCCAUCGAUUUCAAAGGCCACAACUUCGAGUUCUUACCAUUCGGGUUUGGUAGGAGGAUUUGCCCUGGAAUCAGCUUUGCUACGGUGCUCGUUGAGCUUGCAGUUGCUAAUCUUCUGUGCUGCUUUGAUUGGUCACUGCCGGAGGGGAUGAGAGCAGAAGACAUGGACAUGGAGGAAACAGUUGGGAUUGUAAUGCAUAAGGAAACUCCUCUUUGCCUCGUGGCUUCCCCUCCAAGUUAAAUUGGUUUAUGCAUGUCUCUACCACAAGGCAACUGAGGGAAAAAUAAAAUUAUUUAACUAAAUUUGUAGAACCUCAAGCUUGAAUGUAUUAUAGGGCUUGUAGCUGUAAGAUCCAAAUAAAUAUUGAUGCUCUUUGUGGUCCCUUGAGGGGGGAAAAUGUAUGACCAUAUAUAAAUAUGAUAAAUGUUACCCUCUGAAUUAUUGAAUGA